AUGUGGUACAUGAGAAGACUGUCAACAAAUUCAGUUAUGACGGUGGCUCGAAAGAGAAAACAAACUACCAUUGAAGACUUCUUUGGUACAAGGAAAAGCACUAAUGAGGCGCCAAAUAAGAAAGGUAAAACAGGCACCACUUUCAUGACCAUAACAAAAGAUGCAGCUAUCAAGACUGAAGCAAAGGAAGUCGUAAAGAAGGGAACCGCUGACAAAUUUUCUGCUGAUCCAGGUGCAAAGGAGGCUUUCUCGAAGAACUUGAGCAGCAAUCUACGUGCGCUAUUAUCGCUAGAGCUAGAAACGAUUGAUGAUUCGUGGUUCCCACAUUUGAUGGAUGAAUUUAAAAAGCCAUAUUUUGUAAAGUUAAAGCAGUUCGUCACUAAAGAACAAUCUGAUCAUACAGUGUUUCCGCCACCAAAGGAUAUUUACUCGUGGACCAGGCUAACGCCAUUUGAUAAAGUUAAAGUCGUAAUUAUCGGUCAAGAUCCAUAUCAUAACCAUAAUCAAGCGCAUGGGUUGGCGUUCAGCGUCAAACCGCCUACACCAGCUCCACCAUCAUUGAAGAACAUAUAUAAGGAAUUGAAACAAGAGUAUCCUGAUUUUGUCGAGGAUAAUAAAGUAGGGGAUUUGACUCACUGGGCUUCACAAGGGGUUUUAUUACUUAAUACCUCAUUAACUGUAAGGGCACAUAAUGCAAACUCGCAUUCUAAACAUGGAUGGGAAACUUUUACAAAAAGAGUGGUCCAGUUAUUAAUCCAGGAUAGAGAGGCCGACGGUAAAAGUUUAGUAUUCCUUUUAUGGGGGAACAAUGCUAUUAAAUUAGUUGAGUCUCUGUUGGGAUCUACUUCCGUCGGAAGUGGUAGUAAGUACCCAAAUAUCACGGUGAUGAAGUCGGUGCAUCCGUCUCCGUUAAGUGCAAGUAGGGGAUUUUUUGGUACCAACCAUUUCAAAAUGAUUAACGAUUGGCUAUACAAUACACGUGGAGAGAAAAUGAUAGACUGGAGCGUUGUUCCUGGAACGUCACUAAAAGAAGUUGACGAGGCAAAUUCUCGCUUAGAGCCAAAAUCAGAAGACUCUUGA